UAUCGUUCCUCUACUCCGUGUUCUUCGAGUACUUUUUCUCCUACUCCCCCAUUAUACGUCUUUCAUCUCACCUCUCAUCACUCAUCGAUUUCCUUCUCUUUCUUCUUGCGUCUCGUCGAAGGUAUCCUGACGCCCGUGACUGCCGUCGUCCUUCUUCUCCUCCUCCUGCUCCUCGUCCUCCUCGUCCUCCUAGUCCUCUCUGUUCUUCACCGCUUCUCCCAGGAGGAGACCGAAGACUAAGUCUCACUCGACGGCGGUGACAGUGAUGGAGCAAAACGCUAUCCGUUCCAUCUCGUCUGUCCGGACAAUGGCUAUGGCGGUCGUCCUCUUGCUGGCAAUCCUCCUGAACAUGGCCGCGCAUGGGGAAGCACAACGCGUUCCACGAGGGGUCAGUGUCGGGGGCGUCUCGGCCGUCGGAAGCGGUUGCAGUUCUGCGACCGCUCGCUUGAUCGGCCGCGGGAAGUCGAUCAGCGUCUCCGUCAACUCGUUCGAGGCUACGACAACGGGAGGGCUGGCUAAACAACGAAAUGUCUGUACUCUGAGCCUGUCGUUAUCUUAUCCUUCUGGUUGGCAAGUGAGUGUGAGCUCAGUUAAAGCCAGCGGGUCAGCAAGCCUCAGCCGUGGUGUUCGUGGCUUAGCCCGGGCCAGUUUCCAUGUCAGCGGAGCGAUGGGAACAGCGAGCGCUAGCCUCAACAUCAACGGCGCAUAUAAUCGGGGUUUUACUUUGGCUAAGAAGCUCAGCCCAAGCAUCUUUGUCACAUGUGGCCUGUCGCGCGAUAUCAACAUCAUGCUCGAGGUCAGAGUCAACACCGGCGGUGCUCGAGGUGCAAGUGGCGUCGUCAAGAUUGGAGGCUCGCCUGCAAUCUUCGGCCUAACUUGGAGGAGGUGUUGAGCCAAAUCUGUCGGCCGGCGCUGGAAGUUCUUCUGUCAGCGUCGGGCUCAGCGUUGUCAGUUCUCCUGUCGGGGUCGGCCUCAGCAUUGCCACUCAUCUCGUGUCUGCAUCAGCGUCAGCGAUAGAAGUUCUCCUGUCAGCGUCGGCCUCAGCGUUGGAACUUGGAACGUGUCCUGCCGGCGUCGUGGCCAGUAUCGGCCUCAGCAGUUUGUGUUCGUGUCGAUCUGGUGCUUCUGGAGGGAGGGGUAGACAGGUUCAGAUCGCCGUCGGAUCGAUGGCUGGACUGGACACGUGGCAUUCACUUGCGACUGUCGAGCAGUCACACGCACACACACACACACACACACACAUACACACAGACACAGAAGAGAGAGAGAGAGAGAGAGAGAGAGAGAGAGAGAGAGAGAGAGGGAAGGGAAGGGAAAGGCGGUCCUGGGAGAACAGUCACAGCAAGAAAAAAGAGGGAGCGUGAAAACGAUAGUAAGACGUACUGGAGAGCUUGAGGAGACGCAUUUCAAGACGAAUGGUAGUGGAAGCAACGAGGGACGCAGAAGCACUUCGUCAUCUAAGGACUGGUAGGAAGAGGUCACUUGAUCUCUCCGCCAUCAAACGCGAGAACGAGGCGAUGGUGAGGAGCUUGAUGAGCUUAGUUACGUGACGUCCGUGGCGGCCUUCGUCAUUGUGAUAACGAUUGUGCAUAUCCUUUCAAAUUAGGAUGAACUUCCAUGCUCAAGCUUCUUCCAGACCCCACCUGGUGUCCCACAUAGGACCUCAAGUAGCACCUGGCGUAGCACCGCACAUACCCACUCACAGGGCAACUCACGUACUAGUGUUGGCCUACUGCAAGCUCGCAUAGCAGGCACAUAGCAGUUUCGUACAAACUUAAACGGCAACGCACAUAGCACUACGCAUAGCAACUCACGAAAGAUUUUCCCUACUCAUGUAGCAACUCCCAUACUAACUCCCAUCAUAGCAAUCGCACAACAACAGCUACUCACAUAGCAGCAGCUACUCUCAUAGCCCUGCGCUUAGCGCCUCACAUAGCAACUCACUCAAAAACAGCCUUUCAGCAUCUUGCACAGCGUCUUACAUAGCAACGCGCACACAGCAACUCGCACAGCAUCUCGCACAGCGUCCCACAUAGCAACUCACAUAGCAUCUCCCAUAGCCAUCCACUCAGCGGUCACUCGCUAGCACCUCACAGCCUCUCAGCUACUUAGAUUAGCAUCCCACAUAGCAUCCCACAUAGCAUCCCACAUAGCAUCCCACAUAGCAACUCACAUAUUCACAUAGCAGGUUACAUCGUCGAUCUAAUGCAAGCACGAAGUUGAUUGCUUCGCCAUCGUUUCGAUAUCGUCGGAGAUUGACAGGAAGGCUCCCAGGGACCCUCUGGUACUCUCUCAGGUCCCCCUGUUGCUUACCAUGUCACGUCCGAAAUGAGGAAAACCCGGACCCAUGAAGAUAAAGCAGUCGGCUCCGAGGCGGAUAUCGACUGUACCGUCGAGUUAGUAAAGAAUCUAAAGAUCG